AUGUCGACAGACCCCGACCGCCGACUAUCGCGCGUAUCGCUCGGCGGGAACGACGGUCUCCUCAACGAGGACAUCUCGCUUGCGAUGCAUGGGGACGACUCGUUCGGAUACGGAGAAGCGGAUGCUGGGGACGAGCAAGAGGAGACUGUGCGGCUAGACACGGGUCGGGCGGGCGGCGGACCAGCACCGAGAGCAGGGGAGGAGCAGGUCUUCUUCGGCGGCAGCAUGGCUCCCGCCGCGACAACAAAGGCAGGUACGGCUCGCAUGGCGCCACCGGUACCGGCGACGCCCUUGAACUCGCGACGCGCACCACCUGACGCGUACUUGGCCGGCGACGAGGGUGACGACGAGUUCGAGUCUGCACUUCUCUCGAUCCUUGCGUCCGCUCCAGCACCCGCUCCUUCAUCCAGCACAUCCGACGCAGCACAAGCCGACACCGAACAGCCCAAAAAGCAGGAGGGCCCUUACUCGGAGGAAGAGGUGGCCGAAAUCAGGCGGUUGAAGGAGGAGCGGGACGGGUUGAGGGGCAUGAACGCGGUUCUGGGAGACUUGCUGGGCUCGCUGAGAGGGAUGGAGGGGAAGAUGCAGAACUUCGGAUCGACCGUCUCGACAACCCACGCCCUGCUCGAUCUGUAUACCCGGAUUGCGAGUCAGGCGGAGCACACGAAGGACCUGCUGCUGGACGGCGAGUGGGGCGGCGUGAUGAAGGACUACGAAGACCUCGUGGCGCGCGAAGCCGCAGCAGCCGAAGCUGAGCGCCUGCGUCAGGAGCAAGAAGCGUUCGAAGCGGAGGAGCGCGCGCGGAAGGAGCGAGAGGCGGAGGAGGAGGCGCGAAGAAGGAAGAGGGAGGAGGAGGAGCGGAGUGCGAGAGGUGCGCCUGGGUCUGCUGGAGCGAGAGGAAGGGGUCGAGGACUUCGCGGCGUCCCCUCCUCCUCCUCCCUUCGCCCAACUCGCGGCCGUCCCUCUCCUACAACCACAUCCGCCAACUCCUCUUCCUCCUUCUCUUCUACCGCCGCUUCCGGCAUCCCUACACGCGGCGCAGGAUCAGGCGCACAAGGAGGAAGUGCGCGGGGAGGGACGACGAGGGGAAGGGUUGCGGUCGGUGCGAGGGGAAGAGGAAGGGGCGAGUGA